CCGACACAGCGAGCGUGUGGACUGCUGUCAUGUUGAAUGUAAUUUUUUGAUUUCACGCCAGUUAUCCGUACAGGGAGUUGUCAAAUUCUGGUUUUUCAGUCUAGAUAUGUGUUUGCAUCUUUGGGACAAGUCUGGUAUCCGUUCAAUGUUUUGUGGCAAAGUGAAGGGGUGAAAUUUUGAACUGGCCAUGGCUGGUGAGACAAGGCCGGGCACAGAGCGCUCAACGUCCGCGAAGCAUCCGCAUUCGAUAGCCAGGGACGAACACGGCAAGCCUCAUUCCCCGGCCGCAGUGUCUCGCUCACGGGCCGCUCGUAUGCUGCCAAACUGCUACGUGUGCGGUGCACGUGGGGCUGACACCACCUUGAGAAGUCGGCCCCACGCCAGUGAGCCCUUCUUUCCUUUUCUUCAGUACCAUGAUGCUUCACCUGGAACCGUGUUUCGGCCCGACGGCACUGUGGACUGUUGUCAAGUGUGUCAGGCAUUCCUGAAACAGCAAUGGCUGGCUUACGAGAGCACCAACACGCCGAUUGUUAAGCGCCUGUAUUGGCUGAAGCGUAGUGACGGGAUUGGAGGAGGUCAUAGCAACAAACCGGACCCCCAGAUGCAAGUAAGCCCGCAGGUACGCGAGGAGAUGUACAAGCUGAACAUUAGAGAUUCACACUACUCUGACACUGCUGUUCCAACAGGGGUACCCCUUGGAAGUGAUAAUUCCAAACAAGACAAUGGCUUUUCAGUCCCAGCAGAAACAGCUGACCACAAGCGAAGGAUCUCAUUUGACAGUGUGGAUGUGGAUAUACCUGCUGUGACUGUCUGUUAUGGUUGUGGAGCAACAACAUCCAAGCAAUCAACCCGUGUUGUGCACACUAGCCACUGGUCCAAAUCAGAGGCUCCAUACUUCCCCUGUAUUCUCGGCCAUCCAGCCCCAUCUGGAGCCAAGCCAGUAGACAACCUUGGCCGUGUACUGAUGUGUGAACUCUGCACUCUCUUCCUUCUCCGACAGUGGCACUCGUUUGAGAGGGACAGCGUGUCCCUCCAUCAGCGGAAGUACCAUCUCCGUUCAGAAACCGAUCCUAACCAAGAUUCAAUGUCUGGGGCACCCAACCACAUCGUGUGUUUUCUCUGUGGGAAGGCAGUCAAUCUCUCAGACACACACCUCAUACGUGCCAGGAGAUACAACAGCAGUGAGCCCUACUACCCAUUCUUGGACAAGCACUCUGCACCAUUGGGCAGCGCGCCCCUGAGCAAGGAGGGCUUAGCUCAAGUAUGUCUGCCUUGCAGUAAGGAUCUCUAUGAGCAGUGGAAUGCCCAUGAACUCACCCACACUCCCCAUGAUAAGCGUGUGUACCGCAUACACAAAGCUAAAAAGCAGAGCCGCCCUCACACCAGUGCUGAACCGGGCUUGCACAAGCAAGCUGAGAAGAGGCACAAGGUGCAUAUCUGCUAUCUGUGUGCUCAGACUGUGCCCAUCGAGCAUGUCAAAGCUGUUGACACGCUGGCACCAGACAAGAGCAAUAGCCACAUUAUGUACUUUCCGUUUUUUACCAACAUUAAAAAGCCUUCCCAGGCCAAGCCGAUUGAUGCAGAUGGCCGUGCUUUGAUAUGCAGCAACUGCUACUUGGAGCUGGAGCAGCAGUGGAAGGUCUACCAGGCAGAGGGUAUCCCCCACAGUGAGAGGAGAUACGUGGGGAAGUACAAGCAAAGCUCACCCAUCGACACCCACUCAUUCACCAAGGGAGUGUGCUACCUGUGUGGAGCCCACUCUGACUCCAACGGGCUCUACAAGGUUCACUCAUACCCUCGCAGAACCACCACCAAUAUUGAUGAGGCCACGCCCUUCUUUCCUUUCCUGGCAAGUCGUAAUCCCGCCCUCAGUGCGGCACCGAUCGAUGCUGAUGGAACUGUUCUCAGCUGUACCUUCUGCUACUUCAACCUGAUUGCCCAGUGGCAGGAUUUUGAGGACUCCAAGGCAUUCGCUGACAGCAACCGCUGGCUGCGGCACUAUUUUGUGCACGAGUUUGCAUGCUUCGUCUGUGGUCACCUGACUUCGCGGGACGAUGUCCGCACCUUGAGUACCAAAGAGUAUCCCAGUCUUCUUGGGAUUGAACGGCCCCGUGGAGCCGUAGUGCUGGAAAAUGGGAAUAUCAUCUUCACCUGUAGCACCUGUGAACUCUCCCUGAUCCGUCAGAGGAGAACUUAUGAGCACAUGCAGAUUCCUGAAGAACAGAGAUCCUACAAGGUGGGAACAGCAAGUAGCUCGAGAAGAGAGGUGCCAAUCAGCAACAACCGUGAGAGGAAACCGGGUGAGGGGCGCAACGAGUCAGUCAUCGUCAUCGACAGUGACAGUGACGGCGAGCGGGAGCAUGUGUCCCUGCAUCACCACGGCAACCCAGACUCUGUGCAAUCCUCUCUGUCUCCCAAGUCUGGCAGCAGCAGCAACAGUCGGCCAGCGUCAGAAGGUGCUCCCUCCCACGGUGCGAAGCCUCCGCCCCUCACAGUAGUCACUAGCAGCAGCAGUAAGGCCACGCGCACCACUGCCACAGUCAACCCGCUCAACCAGUCUGCCAGCACAGUGACAGUGACCAGUGCCAAUAGUACCAACCAUGCCAUGGCAGCCACUCGGACGUCCAGCUUUGCUGCUGCACUGCGCAAGCUGGCCAAACAUGCAAAUGACAAUGGUCCUGAGGAGCACUCACCCAGGGUGUCCCCCGUCAGCAUGAAUCGCAGCACAGCCUCCACGCCCUCCACCAAGAACUUUCACUUUGGCCCCUCCCCGCUGGUGGUGCCAACCAGCACGCCGCCUGUGGUCACAAUAGCCCCCACCCACACCAACAACUCCAGCCUCAUGUCGGAGCAGAGAAGGUUAUCACAAGAACUGGACAGGCAUGGACAUCACAAUUCCUCGGAACAGCACAACAGUAGUCGGCAUCCCUCCGAGUCAAGCAGCGCACCUAACUCCAUAUGGAGAUCAAAAGGGAGUCCAGGUGCUGGACCAAGAAGCAGACCUGUGCCCCAACACUUAAAGCCAGAGGAAAGCAACCCAGUCCGAGGAUUCCAGCCCUACCGCUCAGGGGAGACGGAGAUGACACCCCGUCCCCCGGCACCGGCUCCACCCCCUCCUCCACCUCCUCCGUCCCACUUGACCUAUGACCCUGCUAUGAUGGCUGCUGCUCUUUCACCGUAUCCAUUCCACCAGGCCUUUAUGGGCCCCCCACAUAUGCCCUACCACAGUUUCAGGCCUGAAGAUUCCUACGAUAGGUACAGCAGUUACCCAGGUCUGCGCCCUCCCCCCUUCAUCCCCUUCUCCUCUCCCCCCAGCCACCUCUUCCCCCACCCCGCCAUCAACCCCCUGGCAUUUUCAGGCAUGCGCUACUCGGGAGACCUGGCCGCCAUGCAGCUGUCUCAUCUCUCCCCGGGGGUCUCAUUUGGAGGGCUGGUGUCACCCUCGGCCCAACAUGAAAGAGAGAAGUUGCUGUUGGACCAGCAGCGGGAUCGCGAGCGGCGGGCUGAGGAGGCCAAGCAAGAGGCAGCUCAGAAGGAGAAGCAACAGCAGCAACAGCGAGAGACAGAACGGGAGAAUCAUGACAGAGCGCUGCUGUCCAGGAGCCACGAGGACAAGCGCUGCUCGCCAAGAGAUGGCUCUCACCUCCGGCACUCUAGCUCUCACCACCACAACCACCACCACCACCAUCACCACCACCAGCAGCUGGCGCACUCGCAACAUCACCUUGGGACGCCCAGGGUGCCGUCCUCGACUUCGGCCUCCACCCCUUCCUCCUCUGGCCACCGUGACCCAGAGCAGAGCCCCCUGCCGCUGCUCAAGAAGGCCGAUGUGGAGGACCGCUGGCAGAGCAAGCACCUGAAGGAUGGCUCCAGCGGUGAUGCCCAGUACCGGCAUGUCAGGAAUUCACAGGCAACAUCACAUGAAAACCAUGUCUCUCACACCUCAGAGAAAGAAAGGAAGUCAUCCCUACACCAUGAACGAGAGUUGCUGCUGCAACAGGACAGGCGUAUUGCAGAGAGACAUGAAAAAGAGCGAAAUCUUCUGCGGGAACAGCGGAACCAAGCUAGAGGUGAGCAUCACCACAGUGGCAGACCGCCUCCUUUAGUGUCACCAGUGCGUCCAACUCGGGAGGAAAUGUACCGGCACAAACUCUUCAACAACCAUCGGCCGUCGGGCCAGGACACUGUCAUUCCCCCACAGUAUGACUAUGAGCGCCUCAACAAUGUUGACCGGAUUCUUUUGAACGAUAAGUCAUCGGUGUCUGCAUCUGGGACAACGGCGGCCACAACAACAUCUGCAGCAGAGAAGGCCUGGUACGAACAGCAGCGGACCAUGAUGGCCAGCCGCGUGCAGAGUCCCCAUGGGAGCACUGCCAGGGAGUUUGACCACGAGGCGCGUGUUGUUGUCACCAACAGCCACGGCCCCCAGCCACCGGGGGUUGCCACACACAGCAAGUCAUCCCAUCUCAGCCAGUACGACUACGACCGGCCACACGCGGAGUUCAACUACCACUGGCAGGAUUUGUAUCGGCUCAGCCAACAGGUGCGGGACCACAGUGGUGUGCAGCUGAAUGAGGUCGGGGAACCAGUGGUGUCCAAGCUCGACCUGGAGGGUCGGAAGCGGACUGAGACCCGAGCCAACGGCAUCUACAUCUCCAGCGAAAGUGACUCAGACAGUGAGGAAGAGACGGAAGUCAAAAGGCAGCGGUACCGAAAGAGGAUGCACAGGAUUGUUAGAAAGUCUUGCAUGACUCUAGAUGACUCGGAGAAGAAGACCAACUUUUUCCAGGUCAUGGGCCUGGUUACACAUGGGAAGAAAGAAGAGAUCAGCGAGGAGAAGAGGAGGAAACGGAGGCUGUGGCUGAAGGAGGAGCAGCCGCCGGCCAAAGUCAGCCGGCCGUCCUCGGAGCUGGUCAGCCUGCUGCCCGCUCCGGCCAGCCUGAGCCAGGAGGACUUCCAGCGGGAGCUGGACUACCCCCACAAGUGCCGGUUCCUGCGCGGCCUGGGACUGGAUGUGGUGGGAGUAGACAAGCGGAAAGAAAUGGAGAAGGCACGAGCAGCUGUUGAAGCUUACCGGAUAAGGCAAGCCAAGAAGAAGGAGGCAGCAGCUGAAGGGGAGACCAAGGGGGAAUCUGUGUCUACGGCAGGCAGCUCAGAAACAGCACAGACACCGACCACUCCCACCAACUCAGGUACCGAUAGUAAAGUAGAAACCUCUGAAAAUCCCCAGUGCAAAACUGCUUUUGGUGAGACUUUUCCGAACCACUUGGUGUCGUCAUCGCCUGGGGUGCAAGCCCACACGCAGAAUGAGAGAACAUUACCAAGUGGGGGUAGCAGCACUCCCCAGACACGGACCCCAGACAAUAGUCUGCACCCAGUGCCUGGCAAGCAGCUGUCGCUUUCGGAUAGGGACAUCAAGAAGGAGCCCGCUGCAGGUAGUGAGAGGGCAGACCUAGCCCGCAGUAGUAGCAACAACAACAGGAGUGGUACUACUGCUGACCAGCAAGGCCCCGGGGGUGCCCUGCCGUUCUCCACUGCUGCCCUGCUGUCGCGGGGGGGACCCAGUGUUGGAGGGGCGGGGAAGCCCCCCUCCCAGUUUGAAGGCUUUGCCCAGGAGUUCCACCAGUCGGUGCUGCGGACCACGCAGGAGGCCAUGGCCCAGCAGAGGGUGGGCUCCUUGGGCUCCAACAGCUCUAGCCUGGUUCAGGUGGACGCCCAAAGGCGGGACAGGCACGCUUUUGCUGGCCUGACGAACUCAAACAGUGAGAGUACUGGCUCGGGUCGGAGUAACGGCACAGUGUGGUCUAAGGGACAGCUGCAGUGGCCUGGAGUGGAAGCAGUGAUGGACUCAUAUCAGAGACAUGCAAAAGAGCAAGAGCUGGAACGGAGUGUGUUACUCGACCAACAGGGAAGAUUGAGGGUAUGCAAUGGUGAGCUGAACAGCACGGCUGAGCAGCUCCGACUCAAAAUGGCUGACAUGAUGGAGAGAAAACAGCUGUUACACCGAGAGCAGGAAGCCUACCUCAGGGACCUACACCAUCUGCAAAAGUAUGUGUACAACAUGAGGAAGUGAACUCCGUCAGCCAUGGUUCAGGGCCACAAUCCAUUUUACAGGGCCAUCACCAUAGCAACCACUAAAAAUGCAACAAUUUAUUUAAUUCAAAGGGGGCCAUUUUGAAAGUGAGUGUAAAUAUUUGGUAUUAUCUUCUCAAGAGUUCCUGUCCACGUUUUCUUCUUCCUUUUCCUUUUUUUUCUUUCCGAGGAAAGCUUUUGGCUUUAAUUUAACAGAUAGAGAAGAUUAACUCUUUCUAGAACACUUUGAGACUGUUUCGUUGUCCAUGCAUCACGUGACUACCAGUACUUGUCUGUUUAUUAUACAAGACCAUGCACUGGUUUUAUUAUGUAUUUUAGACUUAUCACAAAUGGUUUAUGUACAUUUCGUCAACAGGAGACUUUGGUAUAUUAUUGGGGAAGAAGUGCAAUUGGGGAAUUGUAAAAUGACAGAAAAACCCCUUGUAAUUUAUUGCGAUGCAAAUUGAAUGCAUUACUUAUCGGACGUCGUGUUCAAGAUGAUGUCAUGACAAUUUGUGCAGUGUGUUAAAUGCUUCACAGCUAAGAUAGUGACGUUUUUUUGUGUGUUCAGUUGUGUAGAAAGAAUUCCAGUUGCAGAACCUGCUCAAUUAGGAAUUGUCCCAGAAUUAAAAAAAACCUUGGCAAAUUGUUCGGAGAAACUGAUUUGAAAUAUGUUCCAAAUCUUUAGUUACAUGUGUUGGUUAUAAUCGGAGUCAUAUGCAAAUUGGGAGAAAAAUGAGCUCAAAAUCAACUGUUCCCUGUCUCAGCUCAAAAUCACGUGAUCCUUAAUUAGUUCAGGACUUUUGUCUGUGUAAUCAGUGGUUACCUUCAAAUAAAUGGCUCAAACGGUUCCUCUACAAAGACCAGCUCUGGUGGCGUAGUGCAUCUACCAGAGUAAAUGUGAACAAUCAAAGGGGAAGUGGUAUUUUUUUAAUGUAAAACAACCGCAGAACUUGCCAAGUUCGUUUCUUGGCCCCAAAUUGUCUUCAGCACCAGUAUUGAAAGAUAUUAUUGCUUUAGAAGGGCAAGUGUAUAUUUCUGUUCUGUUGUACAAUGAAGCACUGAGCACUUUCCACAGUGUCUUGUCUUGUGUAUUUAUUCAUCCUGAAGGACUUCAUGUUAUUCACUUGUGAAUGUAGACAAGAAAUUUAUUUAUUGCUCUGAAAUAUUUAACACUUAGAAAAAAGGAUUAUGUUUUGACGUUUGGAAAGAAUUUGCAUUAAUUUAUACAGCCCUUGAUGUGUGUUUGUAUAAAGUGAAGGUCAAAGCGAUGUUUUAAACAAAUAAUGAAGAAUACCUCUCACCGUGAUAAAUUUUUAAAUGGUCCGAUCGCUAUCCCAACCCUCACAGUACUCAAGUGUUUUAUCAAUUAAUUUGAAAUGCGCAUUUCAAACCACAUGGAAACAAGAAAGCUAUUUCUUUUAACGUGAUUCUAGUUUGGUUUUUUUUAUGAAAUGAACUAUCAAGAGUAAUUUAUUUUAAGUGCAUUGAUUUUCACUUGUAAUUUGAAAUCAUCACAGACAAGAAGGAAUCAUUCUCUAAAUGUUGUAAAUUUGGAGGAGUUUGGGUUAGAUCAAGAAAAUGCAGUGGCAGGCUUGCAAUUAUUUAAUGAUAAAAAUCGAUUCUCAGAGUUCUGCAAGUCACAUGCGCAUUUUUAUCUAUUUAAAUGCAUUCAGUAAUGGGUUUCAAGAACAGGCAUGCAUGUACAUUGUUCACUGGCACUUGAUGGUUGUUAGUAUUGUGGGCUUUAAAUAAGUCUUGGAAAGCAGGUGUCAUACCGUCAACAGGUGUUGACAAAGCAAGACUGAACUUUACUUUUGCUGAAUCACGAGUGAAGUUUUUGCCGUCUAGUGGUUGGUGAAACAUGGCUUACCAUGAGUGCAAAAGCGUCAUUCACAGUGUGGAAACAAUCUCAUGUGAUUACUUGCACAGAAAACAAUGAGAAGGCCUCCCAAUGUAACACUGAUGUAACAAAAAUGGGCAUUAUGAGGCGAUAGUUGUUGACAACCGACUUUGGGGCAAACUUUGGUUACCUAUACAAAAUGGCAGUCAAUGUUUGUAAACAAAAGCAAGGCUUGUUGCGAUUCAGAAAACCGUAUGUUCUGUUCUCACGUCCGGAGUGUACUCAGUUGAGGGUAGCCGGUCUAAAGAGCAGGGCUGGACAUGGACAUCAGUGUGAAGAUGACCAUGAAGGAACAUUAGCCCACUGUGCUUGAUCAUUGUAAAGGGAAGGGGUUGAUGAAGACAUUGUGAAGGGGUUGGAAGUUGACGAAGAGUCAACAAGAAACCCUUGACAAUGACCCUCACUUUCCACCCCAAACUGGCAUUUAUUUGCUUCGUUAAGCACUCAACUCUCAAAAGUCGCAUACUUUUGUAAGCUCUCAAUGUGUCUUAUGUAUUCUCACUGUACUGUAAUGCUGCACUUGUGUCAUACGGUAAUACCACUUUACAAUGUAAUAAAUACCACCGGUGGUAGCUACUUUAGAGAAUUCCUGUGGACUGCAGACUUUGUAUCUGGACAAGAGAUCACACACUUGUUGUUGCAGUCCGUAGUUCAUUUGUGUACUUACCUUCUUUUUCUGAAAUGCUUGUCAUUACAAGUGGGCGUAGGAUCCCCCCCCAACUUUGAUAUGCCGUACCCAGAAUAUUGAUUCCAGAAAUUCAUUUUCAUGACAUUUUUAGGAAAAAAGCAUGUCAGGAAUAAAGCUUUUCUAUUCUGGGGACAUCAAACUGAAAUUCACACACCAUGUUCCCAGAAUCUGUCAAGGUUUGAUUAUUUUGUCAAGGCGGGUUCAUAGUCCCAGAAAAAUGUACAUGUAAAUGCAAAGCGAAUUUGACAUCACGAACCAGUUGAGAUUUGCAAGUGUAAUCGUUGUCUUCACUCCGUAGACAUUCAUGUCAAACAUUGGUCAUAUACAUGUAGCUGCAGUUGUGAUUUGAAGUAUAAACCUGCUUUUACAAUUUGGCACGAAACAUAACAAAAUUGGGCACAAAAUUAUUCCGACACACUGAUAAGUGUGUUACAUAGAUUUGGCAAGAACAAGCUUUUGCACGUUUUAUAUUUUGAAACAUAUCAUUUAUUUAUACCUUCCAUUUCCACUGACCAUCUUCGGGGGGAGGGGGGGUAAUUUUACCAGUACAUAUACAUGUGCUCAUAUGCUCAUCAAAUAAUGGGGGGAGAAUGGCAGCUCGCCAUAUAUAGUUUCGUUUAAAUCAUCUACAAAGGCUGCUUCUGUGUUAGUGAUUAGUCAGCAGUGUUGGUGAUCGUAGUGUUUGAUCAAGUUCAGUAAUACAAAAAGUUGGCUGCUUCAUGUUGGGCUUAUGCUGUGCCAAAAUCUUCCCUUCUGAAGAAAAAAAAUCUCACUUUUGACUGGUAAAGAAUAAAUAUUCAGUGUGUGCAAAAAGGGGGGGACUUGUUUUGGGUCAAACUCAAAACAUGCUUUUUGAAAAAACAGCAUACGCUUGUGAAAUAUUUUCUAAGAAAAAAGUUUCCAUUGUCUUUGUGACUGAUAAAUUAAGACAAAUUUUUAACUCGUUGGUUUUCAUUCUUGUAUAUUAAUACAGUGGUGGAACUAUUGUUGAAACGUCCCCAACUGCAAGGGGACAUUUUUUUCUAUCACCAAUGUACAUUCAUGUACAUGUAUCAUACCAAGGUAGGAAUUCGGAAAAAAAUUCUAACAUAUCAAUCAAUGUGGUGACCAAACUGGAUUUUGAUUGAGAUUACCGAGGGUAGAUCUACAAACCUGUGUUGAUGAAAAUGUUAAUAAAUAGCCAUUCUAAAGAGAUAAAGGCUAAACUGUGAAGACUUUAAGAGAUUAUGAUCUAUUUGUGAAGUAAUUUAAAUAAAUGAAAGAGAUUAAAUAUUGUGUUUUGUACAGUGGUCACUGGGA